GCAAUUUGAAUAUAGCCCCAUCUAUUGGCAAGAAUUUGUACUAAAGAUGGACUUAGAAGAAAUGUACCAGGUUUUAAAAGGGGCCAGCGGUGGGAAUGGCGCAUCGUACGACGAAGUUUCCAGAUGGUUCCACGAGUGCCAGAUUAUUGAUGGCUUGAUACUAACAGAGCAUUUGUUCGAUGUGUCGUAUGAGAGGUUAGCGCCGAAUAGAGAGCAAUUGUCUAUGACUCAGUUCAUACAGUUUAUUGGUAUCUUAGCGAGAGAGACGAAGCGUGAAGUGGACAGUUUUUUGGAUCGUUUCAAAACCGUUAAGAACGGAAUAAUCGACGAAAUACAACAGAGAUACAGGGAGACGAAUAAGAAAUACAUAAUUAACCAGUUUUUAUUAAUACAGCAGCAAGUCGAUGUUAGAUUGGCACAGAAUCUCAUAUUCUCAUUGGCGUAUCUAGGGUAA